AUGUCACAAAGAUUGGUUUUAUAAUUAUAGUUCAUUUACAUAAGUAAUUAUUUUUAUUAUUCUACUUUAUGAGAUUGUCCAAGUGGAAUUUGGAUCGACAUAAAUGAAUUAGCUAAUUUUAGAAAUACCAAAUAAUAGAAGGUUCCUAAAUUAAACAAUGAUAUAUUUCAAUUGAAAAUUUACCUUGGGAUGCUAUGGUACUAUGACUUUAGAGGUACAUACAAUAGCCAUUAAAUGAAGGAUAAGGUGCCUUUUUCAAUGGUUCAACAUAAUAUAUUUCAGAAUUAGUGGAAUGGUUUUUUUGAAUUAAUUGAAUUAAAGAAAAUUCUUAUAAGAAAUAUAAAAUAAGACACUUAAUUUUAGAUCAUCAACAUUCAACAUUUGGAAGUGGAAGAUUUUCAUCCAUUUGGUUUGGAGAUAAUGCUUCAACUUGGGUAUGGCUUCGUUCAUGAAUUUAUUAAUUUUUUAAUUUCAAUCUUUUUGGAAUAAUAUUUGUGGAUUCAAUUAAGAUCUACACCAUAAUUAUGUUAAAGAUUAAUUUAAUUGAGUGCUUUCUAUCCUUUUGUAAGAGAUCAUACUGCUAGACUAAGAACCUUAUCUUCAUGAAAUUACUAAGAUUUCAGCUUAAAAUAGUAUCAAUCUUAGAUAUGAAUUCUUGAAAUAUUAUUACUUUUUAUUUAUUUCUUAAAGAGAUUCAACUCUUUAAACAGGAUCAAGUACUAUUGUAGAUCCUUGAUGGUUUAAAUAUUAAGAUGACCCUCAAACAUUUAAUAUAGAAAUUCAAUUCUAAAUUGGAAAUAUAAUAGUUAAUCCAGUCGUUGAAGAAUAAAAUGAUUCUAAUCUUGAUUAUACUGAAAUGCAAUUCUAUGUUCCUUAAAAAACUUAUUGGGUAUCCUUAGAAAAUGUUUAACAAUUCCAAAAGGAUGGAAUACAAUUAAAAGAACUUUUACUGAUAAUGCAUUUUUAGCACUUGAAGCAGGGUCUAUCAUUUAACACAAUAAUUCAACAGGAAUCAUGA